ACGACACCGCCCGUUUCUCGCCACACACGGUGCGGAUGGACAUCAGACUACGUGCACUAUAUUGGUACAGCCUAUAGCUAUCGUUCAAGCCGCUGUGGGGCGAAAUCCACCGAGUCAGUGCCAUGGUACGCCUACACCCGGCGGGACGGUGUCUCCGAGGGCGGUGUCGUAGAUAAGCUUAUAGACGACACCGCCCGUUUCUGGCCACACACGGCGCGGAUNGGACGGUGUCCCCAAGGGCGGUGUCGUAGAUAAGCUUAUAUACGACACCGCCCGUUUCUCGCCACACACGGCGCCGAUGGACACCACACCACGUGCACUACAUUGGUAUGGCCCAUAGCUACUGUUCAAGUGGCGGUAGAGGGGUCCGCGGCACCAGGAACGCCCCCACGCGGACCACGUGGACGCCCACAAACACGCAAACAUCAGUUAAAAUGCCUGCGAGGUCGAGCUUACUCGACACGAGGACGGCCAAUCCUCACUACGCGGCAUUGGCUCAAGUGCGGGAGCACCUCGCACCAACACUGCAGAGAGUCAAGGGGAGCUCGCACGGCCUAGCGGUUGAUGACCGUGCGCUGAAGGAGGCAAAGGAUCAGGUGGCGAAGACAAGAGCGGAGCUAGUCGCGAAAGGUCUCGACGAGGACAUGUACACGGCAGCCCUUAUGCAGGGGACACACCCAGAAGACGGCGGAGGCACCGGCACACCGUUCAUCACGCUAGGUGACGGCAACUGCCUGUUGAACGCGGUUGCGCUGCAGUAUGUGAGGGCGGAGGGGCGGGCGGUAAGGGCCGCCGUCCCACAGUUGGCCGCGAAGCUGCGGCUGAGCGUCGUCCUUGAAGGGCUUCGGCACAUGGAGGCAUAUUUGUCCCUUCAGGAGGAUAUCUUCUGCUGCUGGGACAACUACACUGGUGAUGUUUACGACAGACUCACCGCUGCCGGGUGGUGUGUUGAGCCCGACACGAUAGACAAAGCCCGUGUUGGUUCGCGUGAGACCGCGCGGCUGUUCUUCGUUGCACAGCUACACAACAUAGCCGUCAAGGGACAAUGGCUCCAGCAGUUCGUGCUGCCAAUCCUGGCAACGGUUAUCCAGGCGCCGAUCCGUGUCUUUGUUCCAUUGAUGUAG